CCCAAAAUGUCCCCCCCAAAGCAACAACCCGAAGAAACGCGCAAGACAGUCCUCAUUACCGGCUGCAGCGCGCACGGCAUCGGCUCCGCGCUGGCCCAAACCUUCCAAGCCCGGGGCUUCCACGUCUUCGCCACCGCGCGCUCCCUCCCCAAAAUGGCCCACCUCGCCGACCUGCCCCACAUGACCUUACUGGAGCUGGACGUGACAUCGCCCGAGCAGAUCGCGCGGGCGGUGGCCGCCGUGCGCGCCCACACGUCCGGGACGCUGGACUACCUGGUCAACAACUCGGGCUUGCCGCUGGUGCGGCCCGCGCUGGAGACCUCGUUGGAUGAGGCGCAGGCGCUCUUCGAUGUCAACUUCUGGGGCACGGUGCGCGUGACGCAGGCGUUUGCGGGGAUGGUGGUCGCGGCGAAGGGGUGUGUGGUCAAUAUCGCGAGUCUGGGGGGCAAUAUGCCUGUUGUCUGGAAUGCGUUCUACGCCGCCUCCAAAGCCGCCCUGAAAUCCUACGGCGAGACGCUGCGGUUGGAGCUGGCGCCGUUUGGGGUCCGGGUCGUCACGGUGAUGUCGGGCGUGGUGCAGACGCAGAUCUUCGCUAAGCAUCCCGACCUCGAGUUUCCGGGGUCGAUGUAUGAGCCGGCCACGGAGGGGGUUCGGCGGAUGGCGGCGGGGGAUUCGGUCAAGGAUCCCAUGGCGCCUGAGGAGUAUGCGCGGCGGGUGGUGGAUGAUUUGCUGGCUGGGAAGACGGGGUUGGUGUGGCGCGGGAGAAUGGCGUCCAUCGGGUGGUUUUUGACGACGUGGAUGCCGACUUGGGUCUUGGAUCGGAUGGGGACGGCGGGGAUGGGGUUGGAGGAGUUGAGGAGGUAG